AUGGGAUCCGCUGCACUUUCGCCGCCGCCGCUAUUCCUCGCUACCCCGGGCACUCCAGCCAUUCCAUGGCCCCGCUGGAUACGCCUCUUUGAGAACUUCCUUCUCGCGUCUGGAGCUGCCGACCUGCCUGCGUCCCGCCGCCGAGCUCUUUUGCUACACUGCUUGGGGCCGGAAGGACAACGCAUCUUCGAUGCACUCCCAUCGCCAACUGCGCCGAACGAAGCUGCUUCAGCCGCGCUCUCCGAGCAAGACGCCACAGCGACUAGUUCCCCAGACACAUACGACGUGGCCCGCGAGACGCUGGCUCGACAUUUCGCCGACACGCGCAACGUUCGGCUGGAACGCAACCACUUCCGCGAACGCCGUCAGCUACACGGUGAGUGCAUAUCUGACUUCGCCCUCGCGCUUCGAGAACUGGCUGCCUCUUGCAAUUUCGGCGAGCAAGCAAACGAAAACAUGUGCGAUCAGUUCAUCACUGGCGUUGCAUCUCCGCAGUUACGUUCACGAUUGUUAUUGGAAGGAGACGCACUGACUUUCGAUCGUGCCGUCGAAAUUGCGCUACUUCGUGAGCGAGCUCAGCUCGAGUCUGAAGCCUUUGCUAACCCCAUUCAGCGCAUCAUACAACAGCCACACCAACGUGACGCUUUUGGAAUGGCCAGACAAGAUAACCGGCGUUUCAGCGACAAUGGCACGCGCGUCCCAAGUCAAGCCCGCGUUCGUCAUGCUCUCCCGCCAACUUCAGACGCGGCCACCGCCGUUGUUCCGUACAGCGGAAAUUCAGGUGUCUGCGGUAAUUGCGGCACAGCAGGUUGCGAGCCGUCUGUGUGCCCCGCUCGCGGUAAGACCUGCUUCGCAUGCGGCCGCCGUGGCCACUUCAUGCGAGUCUGCCGUAGCAGCCGCAGCGCACGAGGACGACGCCCGGCUCGCGUCCGCGAAGUAGUUUCUGAACAGGACACGUCAGACGCCAUCAGCAUUCUCACUGUUUACGAAGAUAAGCCCACGGGUGUCUACAUUGAAGUGGCACUCACGCCAAUCAACUCCAAAUCGCAACCGCGCGUUGUGAAGUUCUUGGUCGACACUGGAUCCGCUGUGUCAAUUAUACGGGAACAAGAAUUCCGAAGCGUGUUCGAAGACAGCAUACAAUUGACCAGCUCUAAGCUUACUUUGUUGGACUUCCAACGCCGGAAGAUUCCUGUGCUGGGACAAUUUAAAUCUGGAAUCUCGUACAAGAAAAAAACGGCCGUUAUAGCAAUUCAUGUCGCACCCGGAGGGACUUCUCUUCUUGGUCUGGACGCUGUGCAAGCUCUAGAGCUACAUAUUGUGGGUGCACAGCUACGUUGCCUGCACACGGCUGCCGAAGAAGGUUCAGUUGCCAUGCUGGACGGAGCAGCCAAAACGGCACAGGAACAGCACAGCCCGCUAAGUCCACCAAAGUUCGGUAUGCCAGCUUUAUUAUGGGCAAAAUUUUGCCAUUUGUUCUCACCAGGCCUUGGACUUGCCAAGGGCAUUCAGCACAAGGUCAAGAUAAAGUCGUCAGCCUCUCCAGUCGUGCAAAAGCUCAGACGUUUGCCACUUUCUCUGCGCAAGCCGGUUAGCGACCAGCUUGAGCGUCUUCUUUCUGAUGAUGUCAUUGAAAGGGUUAACACUUCCGAGUGGGUUUCUCCUAUCGUUGUAGUCCGCAAGAAGGACGACAGUAUCCGCCUCUGCGUUGACUUAAGAGAGCCUAACAAAGCGAUUGUCGUCGACAGCUUUCCCUUGCCCCAUACGGAAGAGCUUCUACACUCUCUGAAUGGAGCACGCCACUUUUCAAAGCUCGAUUUAGCUUCUGCCUAUUACCAGGUGCUGCUUCACCCAGAUAGCAGAGACCUCACUGCUUUCAUUACGCACGAUGGCCUUUUUCGUUUCAAAAGGGUGUGUUUCGGACUGGCAUCAGCCCCAGCUGCGUUUCAACGACUCAUGACAACGGUCCUGCGAGGCUGCAAAGGGGUACUGUGCUACCUAGACGACAUCAUUAUCUUUGGCAGGACUGAAAAAGAACAUUUGAGAAAUCUGGAGCAAGUUCUUCAACGAAUUGCUGAAGCUGGACUUAAGCUCAAUGAUAAAUGCGUGUUUAAUGCAUUGGAGUUACCAUUUCUUGGGCAUCGCGUCAGCUCGGAAGGAAUAGCUCCCCUUCAAGCCAAGGUUGAUGCCAUUGUUCACGCUGCCACCCCCACAGACACAAGCAUGCUGCGUUCAUUUUUGGGCUUGGUUGAGUACUAUGCUAAGUUUAUUCCCCACCUGGCUGAAGAAGUAGAACCUAUGCGUAGGUUGCUUCGUAAGGAUGUACAUUUUGAAUGGGAUGACCCUGCCGAAAAGAGCUUUGCCAGGGUAAAGAAGCUGCUAUCAUCGCACAAGAUACUGCAAAUGUUCGAUCCGACGCUCCCUGUUAUUGUGGCCACAGAUGCGUCUGCUUAUGGCCUGGGAGCAGUACUACAACAGGCUCAUGGCCCACACACUCGGACUGUUGCAUUCGCAUCCCGAACUCUGACAGAAACUGAGCGGAAGUACUCAGCGGGAGAGCGGGAGGCCCUGGCGUGUCUGUGGGCAUGCGAAAAAUGGCACACUUAUCUCUGGGGACGACCAUUCACGUUGGUAACGGACCAUCAAGCCCUAGUAUCUCUACUUUCGACACAAAGCACAGGACAGCGAGCACUUCGCAUCACAAGGUGGACCGCUCGUUUGCUUCGUUACAAUUUCACAGUUCAGUACAGACGUGGAGAAUACAACAAGGUAGCAGACGCUUUGUCCCGGCUGCCUGUUCCAGACACAGAAGAUGGCCUUCAGAUUGAAGAGGAAGUUGUGUCUCUGGUCACAUCUUUAGUUCAUGUCAAUGACCUUCGACUUGCUACAGCCGAGGAUUGCAAACUCCAGGAGGUUGUUCAUUUUGUUCAGACAUCAUGGCCAGCGAAGAAAUAUUUGACUGCUGAACUGACUCCUUACUUGAGGUCCGGGAGGAAUUGUCAAUAG